GUUUUUUCGCAUCGGUAAAUAUUGAUAUUUUCAUUCUAAGAAGUAUUCAAUAUCCCAUGUUACACGGUAUAAUAUGGGUGAUGAAAUGUCUCAUAGACUUAGAGGAAAGAUUAUAUUCGCCUGAAAUUUUAGUUUAUCAAUAUUUUUAAUAUCUUCAUUGACAUUUACACUGAGACAACCUUGACUAUUAUUAUAUCAGUGAGGACAAAAUAUGCUCUGGAAUACUAAACCAAAUAAGGGUGAGCUGGUGUCUGACUUCCAAGAGGAUGUAUUCAUCGUGUUUUUAAACCACUGAAUACCUGUAAUUGUUCUAAACUUAAAAGCCUAAUUCAACGUCACCAACCGAGAAACACCAUUUCAAAAUCGAACUGUACACGGUAUAAUUAGAAAUGAUAUUUUGUCUAUCAGACCAGUAUCCUGGAACUUGUGUAAUCAUGUUAUAUCUUAUGGAGUGUUUUGUCCUUCCUCAACAACAACCAAUCUCAUGCAUCAGGAAUGUACGCCAAUCUUCAUCACUAUUAUGUUAGGUGAUUGUAGCUUCAAAUAUGAAUGUGGCGCUAGUCAACGUUGCUGACACUCGAUAAGUAGCUAUCUGCAAUUGACUGAAAGUUGGUAGAAACCAUUCUUGUCAUCAUGACACCAAAAUGUGAAGCAUUUUGAAUACCACAAUAAGAGAUAUGACUUCCAUAGACGUAUCAAUCGAUGCUGUGAGAUGCAUGUUGACGCUACGUGAGUUUUGCUUUAGUCACAUACAGUGGAACAACAUAAACGGUGGUGAUAACGUUUGACAUACAUCUCUACGUAAAAACCGAAAUAAAUACGAUGACCAUAAGGAGAUAGCUGAAAAAGCAGUUUAGAUAUUCUCUGUAGUCACAAUUUUAGCGACGAGAUAACUUCUAAGUACCAAAUUUCUCAAAUAUCCAAACAAUAUGAAGCACAAUAAAUGGAGGUCUUCCACCUUUCGGAAAGUUAAGUCACUAAUAAAUCUCCUCCUAUAUCUGGUAACCCCGAAUCCUUUUCCUUUCUUUUCAAUUUAUCAUGAAUCAUUUGAAAAUGGGAUCUGUCAAACGUCAAAAUCAUUCCACUGUCCUUGGGUGAACUGUCUGCAAUAGAAGAUUCAGUGAAUUCAAACAACGGAAUAAAAGUGCCUUUUCAAAAGAGCAGAAGACAAUUUGUGUGGGAGGUAAUCGAUGAAUUUUGAAGGCUGUUCAUUCAUCGCUUCCUAAUUAUUCAAAGAUUUUUUUCAUAGUCAUGUUUCAGAUUUCAUUUGUAUGGGAGAUUUCCGCUGUAGUACUGCUUAUUCCAAAGCUUAAGCAAUGGAUGAUAGAAUCUCGCUGGUUCCCCUGGCUGAGUGGAUGUCUAGGGACGAUUAUUCAACUGCAGAUACUUUUAAGACCACAAGUGCAGUUCGUGUAUCCUUUCAAUUACAUCAUCUUGACAACUUCUACAAUCAUCAUUUCAUUUGUCGCUGCUCUACCACUGAUCAAUAUGGAAACCUGGAUGAUGCCUGUCACAUGGAUGAUUACCAUGGUCAUCACAGUGAUUGCAAUGACUUCCAGUGCCUUCCAAAGAUUUGAUAUGCUUAAGAGUCUGAGGAAGCUGGUAUUCACCACAUUCCUCGUGCAAAUAUUCUAUUGUGUAAUAUUCUUCCCUUUCAUUCAUUUCCAACAGAUCGACAUACUCAUAAUUCUGAGUGGUUUCGGCAUGGUGAGCACAAUUAUAUGGGAGAUGGCAUGCGUUGUUCAAGCUGUCCUUGGUGACAGGAGUUUCACUUUUCAAGAUAAUCAAUACAUACUUUGUGCUUCGAUAAUUACCAUGUUAAUUAUCUGGCUGCAGCUGAUAGUUUCAACAGCGGCGGCGAUCAUCCUCGUGUUAAUAAAUAGUAUGGAUAAUGUAAAGAGUGUUGCUCCAUCAGUUACAUCUAUCCAUACACACCUAUAAAAUAGAUGAGAUAUUCAUUUCAAUUACGUGGUUGAUGAAAACUUUCCAUGUGGUAAUGUUAACAUUUUAUUGAGAACAGUAUUAUUAUUACAUGAUAAAUUCACUGUGAAUCUUAUGUGUCUUAAAUCAACUCGAAGCAAACAUCGAUUUCCAAAACAACUGAUUUCUUAACUCACAAUAAAUGAAGCGAAAGCAGUAUCAGUUUAUCAACUGAACUCCAUUCAACAUAAAUCAGAUAUCAGUCAGAAACUUUCCAUACCUUUAUUCCUUAUUACUGAAUUGAUGGCUGUCUGCCAGAAGCUGGUCAAGGUGUUGCUGUGGGAUGUCUUUGAUUACUUCAGAUUGGCUUAGCGUGCAUCGUCGGGAUGAGUAUUAAAGGUUGCUGAUUGCUUAUACUACAAACUUGACAGAUGAGAAUGAGUUGGCAUUUAGAACUAUGGACUAACUAUUGAACAUUAGCUAUCGAAAUAGCAAUUCGUCAAGUCCAAGUCAUCAUAAUUUUAUGAGAAGUAAAGCAAAAUGGUCCAGGAAAGAUAAUUUCAUUUAUUGACGAAAUCAUCUUUAGGAACUGUAGCGUCGUAUUUAUAUUUACCAAGAACGUAUAGCCGUCUAUUAUUAAAGGGGUUGUAUUGA